AUGAUCGGCUCAAACGUCCUCCGCGCAAACCAGCGCCAGGCUAAGCGCCACCUAUCCACCUCGGCCAGCACCGCCGCCAAGGCCGGCCUCAACCGCUACUCCAAGGUCAUCACCCAGCCCAAGUCACAGGGUGCCUCCCAGGCCAUGCUCUACGCCACUGAUGGCAUCGACAACAUUGAGGACCUCGCCAAGCCCAUGGUCGGUGUCGCGUCGGUGUGGUACGAGGGUAACCCAUGCAACGGCCACAUCUUGGCUCUUGGACAGCGCAUCAAGCAGUCGCUCCAGCGCGCCGGCGUCACCGGCUACCAGUUCGGCACCGUUGGUGUCUCGGACGGUAUCUCGAUGGGAACACGCGGCAUGUCUUACUCGCUGCAGUCGCGCGACUUGAUCGCUGACCAGGUCGAGACCGCCGCCGGUGGCCACUGGCUCGACGGCAUGGUCGUCAUCCCAGGCUGUGACAAGAACAUGCCCGGUGUGCUGAUGGGUCUCGGCCGCCUCAACCGCCCAGGCCUCAUGGUGUACGGCGGUACGAUCCGCCCCGGCCACUGUGGUGGCGGCAACACUGGCCGCCCCGAGGAGAUUGUCGAUAUUGUCUCGGCGUUCCAGGCUUACGGCCGUUACCUCCAGGAGGGCCAGACUCCUGAGGCUGAGGAUAUCCGUUACGACACGAUCCGUCACGCUUGCCCCGGCCCCGGUGCGUGCGGCGGCAUGUACACUGCCAACACGAUGGCGUCGGCUACCGAGGCGCUCGGCAUGGCCCUCCCCGGGUCGUCGUCGUUCCCCGCCGAAUACAAGGAGAAGCUCGAGGAGUGCGACAGCAUCGGUGACGCCAUGGUCAACCUCCUUGAGAAGAACAUUCUCCCCCGCGACAUCAUGACCCGCGCCGCGUUUGAGAACGCCAUGGUCCUCACCAUGGCGCUCGGUGGCUCGACCAACGCCGUCCUCCACCUGCUCGCCAUCGCGCGUUCGGUCGGCGUCGAGCUUACCAUCGACGACUUCCAGAGCGUCUCGGACCGCGUGCCGUUCCUGGCCGACCUCAAGCCCUCGGGCAAGUAUGUCAUGGAGGACGUGUACACGAUCGGCGGCACCCCCAGCGUCAUCCACUACCUCAUCAAGGAGGGGCUGAUGACGGGUGGCGAGAUGACCGUCACGGGCAAGACGCUCGGGGAGAACUGCGAAGAAUGGAUGGACAAGCACGGCAAGCUGUGGGAGGGCCAGGACAUUAUCCGCCCCGUGUCCAACCCCAUCAAGGCAACGGGCCACAUCCGCAUCCUGCGUGGCAACCUUGCGCCGGGCGGUGCCGUUGCCAAGAUCACGGGCAAGGAGGGCCUGCAGUUCACGGGCAAGGCUCGCGUCUUCGACGACGAGGACUCGUUCGUCAAGGCCGUCGAGGAAGGCUCGAUUAAGCAGGGUCAGAAGACGGUUGUCAUCCUCCGCUACCUCGGCCCCAAGGGUGGCCCGGGCAUGCCCGAGAUGCUCAAGCCCACUUCGCUCAUCAUGGGUGCUGGCCUCGGCCACGACGUCGCAUGCAUCACCGACGGCCGCUUCUCGGGUGGCUCUCACGGCUUCGUCAUUGGCCACGUUGUGCCCGAGGCACAGGUCGGCGGCCCCAUCGCCCUCGUCCAGGACGGCGAUGUCAUCAGCAUUGACGCCGAGGCCAACUCCAUCGAGUUUGACGUGUCGGAGGCCGAGCUUGCCAAGCGCAAGGAGAAGUGGGUCGCGCCUCCUCUCAAGGUCACCCAGGGCACUCUCCUCAAGUACGCCCGCCUUGUUUCGGACGCAUCGCAGGGCUGUGUCACCGACGCCUAA